GUUCAAAACUUGCAAACCGUUUUAAAUCAUCAUCCUUAUGAUUGCCUUGGGCCACCUGUUGUCUUUUAUCAUGCUGUAUUCCAGGAUUUUAUUUCUAAUUUUGAGAAUGAAGAUCUACUUAUAUCAAAGAAAGUCUUAGAGUUAGUGAACCCUCUUGUGAAAGAUAUGUCAGAACAUUAUAAUAUUGAAAAGGGAUGUCUCAAAAUGUUGCAAAAUCAUUUGAAGGACUUGUUUUGGCCUCUACAACAGGUCAAGAAUGAAGAUGAAACAACUCCUAAUGGUGUAGUAACAGUACCUGUUGAAUCAUUACGUGAAGUUGCAAUGGUAGUUCUGCUGGAAGCAAAGAAUGAAAUUGGGACUAAGGGGGCAUUAUCAUAUGUUUGGCACUGGGUGCAAGAUACUUUCAAAAGCUUCCGACUUUGUUGUAAUUGUCCAUCAAUUAUUGUUGCUGUUGCUGGUCCUUGGGUUUGCAUUCUGGCGCAUUAUCAAGAAAAUGAAGGAAGGAUUGCAUCAUUUGUUUACAAUGGCUGGUUUACAAAUGACAACACAAAAUUCAUGUGGAGGGCUACAACUAAUGAUAAAUGCUCAAUUGUUGUGAAACUAAUUCAGAAAUAUGACAUGGAUGCUCAAAAACUAUGUUCUGGAAAGGAACUUGUACCACAAAUUCUCUUUUCAAGCAAAACGGUAAUUAAUGGAUGGAAUAUGAUUAUAAUGGAGUUUAUUGAGGGAGAAACUGUACAAUAUUGA